AUGAGACCGAGGAAGAUACAAAGCAGUUUGCUGAUAGUGGGGGUGAAGAAUCAGAUCAUGCAGGUGUCUCCUCAGCAUAUGGAUUUAUGCCCAGACGAUACAAAGCUGACUAUGCCUAGUAGCAACAGAACGUCAUUUCCUGAAAAGUUACAGGAUAAUAUUGCAGCUGAAGCAGUGAGCUUUUCAUCUACUACAUCAUCUGCUCAAAGUCCACAGUCGUGGUCAGCUCCAUCAUCUCACCACUCUUUACCUGAAACAUAUGCAUGGGACCCAGAGGGAUCUCCUUGGUCAAGGGCAUUGAGUAGUCCUUCUCUUACGCCAAAGAAUACCAGUGCCCCUCAAUCAGCUAUGCACCCGAUGUUAUCUCCAGAAGACCAUGUUUCACGUACUGAAGGCACCCGGAGUACUGGCUAUUUUCACCCCUUAGCACUUCCUCCCAGUGCUAGCAACCAGCCCGCUCCAAAAGUUGAAAUGUCCUUAGUAGGUCAAUGGCAAAAGAGCAAACUUAUAGGUAGUGGUACAUAUGGUGAUAUAUAUGAAGCUACCAACAGGCACACUGGAGCUCUUUGUGCAGUUAAAGUGAUCAGUAUAAUUCCUAAUGAUUCUAGAUCUGCUGAUUCCUUGAAGCAAUUAGACCAGGAAAUAAAGCUUCUAAGCCAAUUUAAGCACGAGAACAUAGUUCAGUAUUAUGGUAGCGAAACUAUAGAAGGCCAACUCUACGUUUACAUGGAGUAUGUUCAUCCUGGUUCAAUUAAUAAGUAUAUCAAACAACAUUGUGGAGCGAUAACAGAAUCGAUUGUCUGCAACUUCACUCACCAUAUUCUUAGGGGUUUAGCAUUUUUGCAUGGCCAAAAUAUUAUGCAUAGGAAUAUCAAAGUAUCAAAUUUGCUAAUUGACGUUAAUGGUGUUGUUAAAUUGGCCGACUUUGGAACGGCUAAGCAUUUAAGCACUGCAGCCCCUAAUCUUUCAUUGAAGGGAGCAACAUACUGGAUGGCUCCAGAGAUGGUUCAGGCUUCACUUGUUAAAGACGUAGGCUAUGAUCUUGCUGUUGAUAUCUGGAGUCUUGGUUGCACCAUUAUUGAGAUGUUCAAUGGAAAACCUCCUUGGAGCCAUCUUGAAGGGGCUGCUGCAGUGUUUACGAUUUUGCAUAAGAACCCACCGCUUCCUGACAAUUUAUCACACGAGGCAAAGGAUUUUCUGGAAUGCUGUUUCAAGAGGAAUCCAGCAGUGAGGCCAAGCGCAAGCGAGUUGUUGAACCAUCCGUUUAUCAGGAAUUCAAGUCAUUACAGCAAGCAUGUUAAAGAAGUCAUUAUUACAGGCUGUGAGGAAGUCGUUCGAGCAAGCUGUGACCCAUCCUUAACAGGGAAAACUGCAACUGGUGGAGGAAAUGAUGCCAGGUCUUCCGAAUCAUUAGUUUCACAAUUAACUCUGCAACCAGUCCAGGUAGCCACACCUUAUUUCCCCCUAGAAAUUCAGGUGUUGCCUCCAAUCCCUGUUCUUAAGCAUGCCAGCAUUGGGAUCUACACUCUGCAUUCUAGGAUGGUUCCAUUGUAA